AUGAAUGUGGUUUCACCUGCACCACCAGUGCACCCUGCUAGAAAGCUGAAUGCCAACAGCUUAUUUGAGCUAUUCCAGCGCUUCCGACCUCCCACUUUUACGGGAACUCACAAACCCAAGGAGGUAGAAUAUUGGCUUGACCACAUCUCUAAGAUGCUGAAGCCACUACACUAUACUAAGGCAGAACAGGUUGAGUUGGUCACGUAUAUGUUUGAAAAGGAAGCUAGUCUCUGGUGGGACAGCAUCCUUCGGACCGUUCCGGAGGAUUAUGUGUGGACAUGGGAUCCCUUUAAGACCCACUUCCAUGGGAAGUAUUUACCCCUCACCUACCAUAACGAGAAGGAGAGUGACUUCCUUCGCCUCCGUCAAGGAGGAAUGACUGUGGUCGAAUAUGAGAAUAGAUUCAUGGAGCUGGCUAAAUAUGCUCCCCUGAUAUUGGUAGACGAGCCGAUGUGA